AUGUGCGUCGGCGCCAUGCACAACUGGGAUGAAUUUUCCAUGAAAACAGGAUGCACCUGCCUCUUCCGGGUCAACGCCCUGUCCCUCGUCUACCUGCUCUACCUGCUGCUCCUGCCCUGGUUCCAGGGACCCACUGAGCGCACCAUCCGAGGUCACACCGGGCGCCUCCUGCGAGCUCUCCUAGGCACCAGCAUCCUCUUCCUCCUCGCCCACCUGGUCUUCCAGAUAUGCCUCUACACAGUGCCCGGCUUGGGCCAGCUGCUGGGACACAACUGCAGCACGUGGGAGACGCUGUCCCGGCAUGUCGGGGUCACCAGGCUGGAGCUCGGCGACAUCCCCAACUCGGUGCGCCUGGUGGCCCCCGACGUGGGCAUCCUGCUGGUCUCCGCCAUCUGCCUGGGUCUGUGUCGCCGCCUUAGGCCCCUCAAUGGGGCGGGCACCCGUGUCCGUAGGCCGGCAUCCCUCGAGCCCCUGGAGCAGGAGGAGGAGGAUGAAGGUGCUGAGAAGCCGGGCGAUGAGGAUGCAGAGACGGAGACGACGCCCCUGGCCGCCAAACUGCGGGUGAAGGUGCACUGGCUGCUGCGGGCGGCCGGCAAGGGGCUGGCGCUGCUGCUGCUGGCUCUGGCAGGCAUCACGCUGCCGUCGGCCUUCUCCAGCGUCUACUACCUGCUGUUCGUGGGCAUGUGCACGUGGUGGGCCUGCCACUUCCGCCUCAGCCACCUGGGCUUCAACACCCUCUGCAUCAUGGUGGGUGUCUACGCUGCCGGCCACCUCCUCUGCCUCUACAGCUACCAGGCACCGUACGUCCAGGCCUUCUUACCUCCCACCAGCAUCUGGGCACGAGUCUUUGGGCUGAAGGACAUCAUCUUAGCCACCAACUGCAGCAGCCCCAAUGCCCUGGUCCUCAACACCAGCCAUCGCUGGCCCGUCUACGUGAACCCUGGCGUCCUGCUGCUGCUCUACUUCACUGUGGUCACCCUGCUGAAGCUCAGGUGGCUGGAAGCCCGCCGCCGGAGACUCACGAGCACAGAGACAGACACACGGGCCAUGCCGCCCCAGCAUGAAGAGCUGGUGGAGCUGGAGCACUGGCCCCAGGCUGGGGACAGCCUCCCUGAGGACACCAAGCCCAUGCUGUCGCCUGGUGCCGAGGCCCCCGCCGCCAGCCCUGAUAACUGCACAGUGCACAUCCUGGAGGACCCUUCCCCGCUGGCCAGGAAGAAGCGGGCACGGCGCAAGGACCCCCUGCAAGCCCUGGGCCACAUGGUCCUGAAACAGAGCUACGUCUGCGCCCUCAUUGCCAUGAUGGUGUGGAGCAUCACGUACCACAGCUGGCUGACCUUCGUCCUGCUGCUGUGGGCCUGCCUCAUCUGGACCAUGCGGAGCCGGCACCACUUUGCCAUGCUGUGCUCGCCCUUCAUCCUGCUCUACGGCCUUGCCCUCUGCGGCCUGCAGUACGUCUGGGGCAUGGACCUGGCGCCAGAGCUGCCCACCCGCCUCGGCUCCAUGAGCCUGGAGCAGCUGGGGCUGGCGCGCACCCCCUACCCCUGCCUGGACCUGGGAGCCAAGGUCCUCUACACCCUGACCUUCUGGCUGCUGCUGCGCCAGUCCGUCAAGGAGAAGCUGCUGAAGCGGAGACGCCCGCCUGCCCCCCUGCUCGAGGUGACCGUCACUGACACAGAGGCGAGUGGGCGACCGCGGGUGCUGCGGGCGCUGGGCGGGCUGGUGACGGCAUUCUACGCCAAGUACUGGAUCCUGGUGUGCGCCGGCAUGUUCAUCGUGGUCAGCUUCGCCGGGCGCCUUGUCGUCUACAAGAUCGUCUACAUGUUCCUCUUCCUCCUCUGCCUCACCCUCUUCCAGGUGUACUACAGCCUGUGGCGGAAGCUGCUGACGGGUUUCUGGUGGCUGGUGGUGGCCUACACCAUGCUGGUGCUCAUCGCCGUCUACACUUACCAGUUCCAGGACUUCCCCGCCUACUGGCGCAACCUCACCAGCCUCACCGACGGGCAGCUGAGGGACCUGGGCCUGGAGCAGUUCAGCGUGUCCGCGCUCUUCUCCAGCAUCCUCAUCCCCGGCUUCUUCCUGCUGGCCUGCAUCCUGCAGCUACACUACUUCCACCGCCCCUUCAUGCGCAUCACCGACCCCGAGCACGCGCCUGCCCCAGCGCCUUGCGCCCACCUUGCCCCCAGGCCCGAGGAGGAGGAGUACGAGAGCCGCUUGCUGCGGGAUGCCCAGGGGCAGGAGGAGGAAGGCGGCGAGGCUGAGGCCGAGCAGGGCGGCUCAGACACUGCCUCGGAAGCAGUGCCCAGCAAGUGGGGCUUGGUGUUGGAGCGGCUGGAGGUGCUGGGCCGGAGCUUCUCGGACGUGCUGACGCGGGGGCAGGUCUUCGUGCGGCGCAUGCUGGAGCUGCACGUCCUCAAGCUGGUGGCGCUGUACACCGUCUGGGUGGCACUGCAGGAGGUGUCGGUGAUGAACUUCCUGCUGGUGGCACUGUGGGCCUUUGCGCUGCCCUAUGGGCGCUUCCGCCACAUGGCCUCCUGCCUCUCCACUGUCUGGACCUGCAUCAUCAUAGUCUGCAAGAUGCUCUAUCAGCUUGAGGUCGUCCAGCCCAGUGACUACUACAGCAACUGCACCCAGCCUCUGCUGAACAGCACCAACCUGCCGGCCGCAGAGCUGCACAACUCCACGCUGUACCGCGGCCCGGUGGACCCCGCCAAUUGGUUUGGCAUCCGCAAGGGCUACCCCAACCUGGGCUACAUCCAGAACCAUUUGCUGGUGCUGCUGCUGCUGGUGUUCGAGGCAGCGGUGUACCGGCGCCAGGAGUACUACCGCCGGCAGCACCAGCUGGUGCCCCCCGCCACCGAGGCCAUCUUUGAGGAGGGCACGCAUGCCCGGCUGGACCAAGGCUUGCUGCCCUGCGCCCAGUACUUCCUCAACUACUUCUACUACAAGUUUGGGUUGGAGAUCUGCUUCCUGAUGACGGUGAAUGUGAUCGGGCAGAGGAUGAACUUCAUGGUGAUCCUGCACGGCUGCUGGCUAGUCGUCAUCCUGACCCGGCGCCGCCGCGCCGCCGUGGCCCGCCUCUGGCCCAAGUACUGCCUCUUCCUGGCUCUCUUCCUGCUCUACCAGUACUUGCUGUGCGUGGGCAUCCCCCCAGCCCUCUGCAAAGACUACCCCUGGAGGUGGAGCCGCUCCAUCCCCCUCAACUCGGCGCUCAUCAAGUGGAUGUACCUGCCCGACUUCUACAUGGCGCCCAACUCCAUCAACCUCAUCAGCGACUUCCUGCUGCUGCUCUGCGCCUCCCAGCAGUGGCGGGUCUUCGAGGCGGAGCGCACGGAGGAGUGGCGCCGGGCGGCCGGCGAGAACACCGACCACCUGGACCCUGCUCGUGACGGGCACAAUCCUGUGCCCAACUUCAUCAACUGCCGGUCCUACCUGGACAUGUUGAAGGUGGUGGUUUUCCGCUACCUCUUCUGGUUCGUGCUGGUCGUGGUCUUCAUCACGGGCGCCACUCGCAUCAGUAUCUUCGGCCUGGGCUACCUGCUGGCCUGCUUCUACCUGCUGCUCUUCGGCACGGCCAUGCUGAGCAAGCCGGCCCGGGCGCGCCUGGCCAUCUGGGACUGCCUCAUCCUCUACAACGUCACCGUUAUCAUCUCCAAGAACAUGCUCUCGCUCCUCUCCUGCGUCUUCGUGCAGCAGAUGCAGAGCAGCUUCUGCUGGGUGAUCCAGCUCUUCAGCCUGGUGUGCACCGUGAAGGGCUACUAUGACCCCAAGAGCAUGAGCCGGGACCAGGACUGUGCGCUGCCUGUGGAGGAGGCCGGCAUCAUCUGGGAUAGCAUCUGCUUCUUCUUCCUGCUGCUCCAGCGCCGCGUCUUCCUCAGCUACUACUUCCUGCAUGUCACCGCCGACCUCCAGGCCUCUGCCCUGCAGGCCUCCAGGGGCUUCGCGCUGUUCAAGGCCAGCAUCCUGAAGAGCAUGAGCUUCCACCGCCAGGCCGAGAAGAAAUCGCUGGUGCAGCUCAAGCGGCAGAUGGAGCGGAUCCGCGCCAAGCAGGAGAAAUACCACCAGGAGAGGCUGCCCAGCGACCCCACCGAGGGUGCUGAGGACGACCGGACAGAGCCCGGGGGCAGGAAGGCCCCUUCCCGGCAGCAGACGCGGUGGUGGCGGCCCUGGUUAGACCAUGCCGCAGUGCUGCACUCGGGAGAGUACUUCCUGUUCGAGUCGGACAGCGAGGAGGAGGAGUCGUCCACGCCGGAGGAGCAGAGGCCGGCUCAGCAGAGCGCCUUCCAGCUGGCGUACCAAGCCUGGGUGACCAACACCAAGUCCGUGCUGCAGCAGCGGGAACAGCAAGAGCAGCAGGAUGCCGAGACGCCAGCAGGCGAUGGUGCGGCUGGAGAUGUGUUUGAAGCUGAGACCCCCGAGGUGCCAGAGGAGGAGCAGGAGGAGGCAGAGAAGAGCAACGUGGUGCAGCGGAUGCUGAGCACCCUGCGCUUCCUGGGGGUGCUGUGCCAGGCCACGGGGGACGGGCUGACGCAGUGGCUGCGUGCCAUCACCAGGGAGCACGCCGACAUGUCCACCAUCCUCUGGGUCGAGAGAUACGUCCUCACCCAGAAGCUUGCCAAGGACGAGGACCCCCACGGGGCCCUGGAUGACCUGUACCAGCUGCCGGCGGAUGACGUGCCUGCCUCGGAGGAGACCGACACACGGGGGGGGCCUGCCCGGGAUGCACAGAACGGCGCAGCUUCCAGCAGUGAGGACCCGCUCAGCAAGGGGGCUCAGCCCCCAAGUGCUCCUGCCCUUCCAGCUGGCGAGGACGCCCGAAGCAGCAGCGAGGAGCAGAGCGUGGCCAUGGGCUCCCAGGAAGACGUGCAGGGGUCCCAGGAGCUGCUGGCGCAUCCCCGCAGCCGGAUGCGGACGGCCAGCGAGCUGCUGUCACACAGGCAGUUCUCCUUUGAGGAGCUGGAGGAGUCGGAGCGGUUCUACGGGGCACAGAAUCGCGCGCUGCAGCUGCUGCUGGCCCUGUACCGCUUCGUGGCUGCCCACUCUGACCUGCUCUGCUACUUCAUCAUCAUCCUCAACAACAUGGUCUCCGCCUCCGUCAUCUCCCUCUUCCUGCCCAUCCUCGUCUUCCUCUGGGCCAUGCUCUCCAUCCCACGGCCCAGCAAGCGCUUCUGGAUGACCGCCAUCGUCUACACCGAGGUGAUGGUGGUGGUGAAAUACCUCUUCCAGUUCGGGUUCUUCCCCUGGAAUAGCUACUCCUCUCUGGUGCGCAAUGAGGGCAAGCCCUACUUCCCGCCCCGCAUCCUGGGCCUGGACAAGACCGACCGCUACAUCAAGUACGACCUGAUCCAGCUCAUGGCUCUCUUCUUCCACCGCUCCCUCCUGCAGCGCUACGGCUUGUGGGAUCAUGAGGAUGCUGAUGUCAAGCCGCCGCGGGAGCCCGAGCGGGCGGAGGACGAGGCGCCUGAGGCCACAGAGCCCCCGGCUGUGCUGGGCAGUGGGGACGAUGGGGCGGUGGAGCUGGCUGUCCUGGGGCCAGAGCCAGAGCUUCUGGAGGAAGGGGGGGGGGAUGGGGAGCCGGCGAGCCAGCUGCGCUUGAGGAGGAAGAAGAAGAAGAAGAAGAAAAAAUGGGGCAGGAAGCAGAAGGUGGAGGCUGCAGCAGAGGAGGGCACGGCAGAGGAAGAGGAGGAGGAGGAGGAGAAGCCCAGUCCAUCCCGACAGCGGCUGAAGGCUGCUGGGCUCCGAGUCAAGAGCUGCUUCCUGGCUGCGACGCACCGCAUGUACCAGCCGGUGCGCAGCUUCUUCCGGGACAUCCUGCACACGCAGUACCGGGCGGCCACCGACGUCUACGCCCUCAUGUUUCUGGCCGACGUUGUCGACUUCAUCAUCAUCAUCUUCGGCUUCUGGGCCUUUGGGAAGCACUCGGCGGCCGCGGACAUCACGUCCUCGCUGUCAGACGACCAGGUGCCCGAGGCCUUCCUGGUGAUGCUGCUCAUCCAGUUCUCCACCAUGGUCAUCGACCGAGCUCUCUACCUCCGCAAGACCGUGCUGGGCAAGCUCAUCUUCCAGGUCAUCCUCGUCUUCGGCAUCCACCUCUGGAUGUUCUUCAUCCUGCCGGCCGUCACCGAGAGGAUGUUCAGCCUGAACACGGUGGCCCAACUCUGGUACUUCGUGAAGUGCAUCUACUUCGCCCUGUCGGCUUAUCAGAUCCGCUGCGGCUACCCCACUCGUAUCCUGGGCAACUUCCUCACCAAGAAAUACAACCACCUCAACCUCUUCCUCUUCCAAGGGUUUCGCCUGGUGCCGUUCCUGGUGGAGCUGCGCGCCGUGAUGGACUGGGUCUGGACCGACACCACGCUGUCCCUGUCCAACUGGAUGUGCGUGGAGGACAUCUACGCCAACAUCUUCAUCAUCAAGUGCAGCCGGGAGACCGAGAAGAAAUACCCGCAGCCCAAGGGCCAGAAGAAGAAAAAGAUUGUCAAGUACGGCAUGGGCGGCCUCAUCAUCCUCUUCCUCAUCUGCAUCAUCUGGUUCCCGCUGCUCUUCAUGUCGCUUGUGCGCUCCGUGGUGGGGGUGGUCAACCACCCCAUCGACGUCACUGUCACCCUCAAGCUGGGCGGCUACGAGCCUCUCUUCACCAUGAGCGCGCAGCAGCAGUCCAUCCAGCCCUUCACGCCCCGCGACUACGAGGACCUCACCAAGCACUUCGAGAGGCAGCCGGUGGCUAUGCAGUUCAUCACGCUGUACGGCUACGAGGACAUCGUGACGGCGCGCAUCGAGGGCAGCUCCGGCUCGCUCUGGAGCAUCAGCCCCCCCAGCCGUGAGCAGAUGCGCCGGGAGCUGCAGAACGGCUCGUCCGACAUCACCCUCCGCUUUACCUGGAGCUUCCAGAGGGACCUGGGCAAGGGCGGCACCGUGGAGCACACCUUCGACAAGCACACUACCGACCUGCAGCCUGGCACCCCCGUGCGCUCCGAGCUGGCCCAGCUGCUGCAGGGCACCCGGGAUGCCCCCGUGCGGGUCCCCAAGCUCUUCCCGCAGUACAUCCGGGCGCCCAACGGCCCCGAGGCCAACCCCGUCAAGCAGCUGCUGCCCGAUGAGGAGGACAGCUACCUGGACGUGGAGGUUCAGCUGAAGCGGGAGCGCGUGGGCACGGGGGCCGGGGGCGACGGCUUCCUGGAGUGGUGGGUGGUGCGGCUGCAGGACUGCACCCGCCCCGCCGACUGCAGCAUCCUGCCCAUGGUCAUCUUCAACGACAAAGUCAGCCCGCCCAGCCUGGGCUUCCUGGCCGGCUACGGGAUCAUGGGGCUGUACGUGUCCAUCGUGCUGGUGAUCGGGAAGUUCGUGCGGGGCUUCUUCAGCGAGAUCUCGCACUCCAUCAUGUUCGAGGAGCUGCCGUGCGUGGACCGCAUCCUCAAGCUGUGCCAGGACAUCUUCCUCGUGCGCGAGACGGGCGAGCUGGCACUGGAGGAGGAACUCUACGCCAAGCUCAUCUUCCUCUACCGCUCCCCUGAGACCAUGAUCAAGUGGACGCGGGAGAAGGAGUAGGGCCCCGGCCGCACCCCCGACUGUCACAGUGGAUGCCUUACACCAGCGCCUGCCAGGGCAAGGAGGUGCCCGGAGCGGGGUGAAGGGGCCCACCGCGAGCCAGCUCCAUGCCCGCACCCCCUGCCCCGGUCCCGAGCCGUGCCAGAGAGCAGAGGCGCCUGCGUAGGGGCUCAGCCGUGGGCUUUUUAAAAGGAAUUUUCUUAACAGCUUAAAAAACCCUUAGAAAGGGGUGGGGGUGGCCAGCCCCUAUCCCUGCCUGCGGGAUGCUCCCCACCCCCCUGCCGCAGUGCCUUCCAGGCUGGGCUGCCCCCAGGCUGAGCUGCACCCCCAGAGCCCUGGCGUGGGUGCAGGUUGCACUAUAAACACGUGGAAGCAAUAGCCCCCCUUCUCCCAGCACAGCCCCGGGGCCCUCCGGGCAUUGUGGAGCUCAGGAGGGCCCCGGUGGCUGCCUGUGGGCACCGUGGACUUUGCCAAGCACCAGGAACUCAGCGGAGUGUGGCUGUUCCCCCCCACCCCACCCCUAGCCGUGGGGCUUGCUCCAGCUGGACUGUGGACUCUUUUGUAACGUCAAAUGGUUUAUUUAUACAGAUAUAUAAUAAAAAUCAAGCCGAGGC